GAUGGUAAUGAUCAUGAUAAUAGAAACCAGUUUAUAAUCAAUGAAUCAUCAUCAUCAUCAUUGAAUAAUAAUGAUGAAGAUAAUCUAAAGUUAUUCGAUCAGCAACAAGUUCUAUCAUCACCGAAUACAACUACUGACCUUUAUAAUAAUAAUAGUAGAAAUAAACCUUAUCUAUCGACAUCAUAUUCAUUUCCCGGUGUUAGAGAUUAUCUUUUAUUCGGUGAUUGUACUAAUAAUACUACUACAACAGCCAUUAGUUUUAAGGAUAGAUCGACAACGACAACACCAUUGACGAAUCUAUCCGAUUCAUUUGCACAAUUAUAUCUACCGAAUUUUGCCCAACAUAUAUCGACAACAAUCAUGAGUGGAUUAAAUUGGAUCAAUCAGAUUAAUGCUGCCACAUUGUUUCAAAAUUUUUGGACAUCAUCUGGAUUUUUUCGUCGUCGAUUUUCAUCAUCAUCAUCAUCGACAGUAUCGUCAUCAUCAUCCAACACAAAUAAUCAUCAUUCAAUUGCACAACAAUCUAAUAAUCAAAAUGUAGAUGAUCUUACUUAUAGACAAUAUAAAUUUGCUAAAAUUUUAAAUGGAACCAUACGAUUACAUACGUUGAAACCAUCUGAAUUGAUUGAAUUGUCAAGUUUUGGUCUUGUAGAAUUAGACACUGAUGUUGAACCUGGUAUUGGACAUGAAUUUCAGCGAUAUGAAAAUGAUAAAGCAACUUGGUGUGAUAGUUGUGGUGAAUUUCUCUUUCCACCAGUUAUGGAUGAUAUUAAUAAUAGCGGUAUUGGUGAUUCAAAAACAAAACAAUAUAAUAACAACAACAACAACAAUAAUGAUGAUUAUGAUGUUGAUGUUGGGCCAAAGAAUAUUGCCGCUUCUACAACCAAAACGACAAAAACAUCAGUAUCCGUACAGGCCGAUCAUUUACUACGUACUUAUUUUCAAUGCACAAAAUGUAAAUAUGUAUGCCAUUGGAAAUGUCUUGAUUUGAUAAGAAUCGAUUGUCGACAACAUUCACCACAAUCAACAAUGAUUCCUUCGUCCAAUAAUGAUAUGGCAAAAUCCGGCGAAAUUGAUAGCAAUAAUAAUAAUAAUAACAAUAUUGAUGAUGAACAAAAAGAUGAUCAAAAUAUUGCCGAUAUUAUUUCAAUUACGAACAGUAUCGAUAGCUUUGAUGUUGAAAAUAAUCAAUCAACAUUUUCAACGGAAACUUCAUUCGCUGAUGAUAGUGAUGAUGAAAGUUCAGAGACAACAACGACAAUGACCACUAGCAACAAUAGUAUGACAUCCGUAUUUAAUAAUGAUGAUGAUAUUAAUAGCAAAAAUGAAAAUAUUGAAUGCAAAAAAAUUCAAUCUGAAAAUAAUAAUGUAAAUCAACAAACAGCAGCUGUUGUAAAUAAAUCAUCUAUCAUCGAAUCGUAUCUGAUAACACCAAGAAUCAUAUUGGAUUUACGGGCCAAAAUUCUUAAAUAUAAUGAACGAGUUCGAAGUCGAGGAUCCGGAUUAGGUAUCACAUUGAUCGAUGAAGAACGUUGCCUAUUUCGUGGUUUUCUACGUGUACACAUGAAUCUAACACGACCGAUUAAUGUAAUUGCUGGUAAACGACCACCAUCCAUUUAUGAUAUUAUAAAUGAAGAAGAAAAUAAUCAAAAUCAACGACGAACAUUGACUAGUUUCUAUAUGCCACGUGAUACAGUGAAAAAUAUUCAUAUUACCAGUGAUAGUACUAGUCUACAGGUGAUCAAAGCCAUGUUGAAAAAAUUCAAAGUUGUAGAUAAUCCACAGAAAUUUGCCCUAUACCUACGGCGACGAUUUCCACAGGAAGAAUUGAAUAAAAAUGGUGGUGAUGAAGUUAUCAAUAAUGAUUUAACAAGAAUAUCUGAUGACAAUCAAAAUGAAAUGACAAUCAGUAAAUUUUUAAAGACAGCCGGUCAUGAACAUAGCCUCAAACGAUUACAUGAUCAUGAACGACCAUUAAUUUUGCAGCUAGAAUUUGAUAGUUUUGCAUAUGGUUCUGUUGAUAUUGUUCUACAAGAAAAUGAUAAUGCCGAUAUUGCAUGGGAUGCAUUCGAAGUACCAGAGUUAAGAAAUUUUCUUAAAAUUCUUGAACGUGAAGAAGGUGAACAUUUGGAACAUGUGAAGAACCAUUAUCAUGAAAUGCAUCGUAUAUUAAAAGCAUUGAUUGAUUAUGAAGAAAGUAGAUUAUUGAAAAAUUCCAACAACAACAACAACAACAAUAAUAAUAAUAACAAUACCGGUAAUCAAUCUGAUGAUAAUAAUAUUUUAACUGUAGCCAGUUGA